AUGGGUUCCAUCCUCCCCACCGACCAGGUCCUCAACAUCGCUGUGGCUGGCCUUGGCCGCAUGGGCAAACGCCAUGUCCACACGCUGGUCGGUCGCGUCCCCAGGGCUAAAGUCGUUGCCGUCUGCAGCACCUGGGACAACGAGGUCCAGUGGGCCGAAGAAGCCUACAAGGGCACCGGCAUCCAAGUCUUCAGCUCCUACGAAGACAUGAUCCAACUGCCCUCCCUGGACGCCGUCUGGAUCUCCACCAGCACCGACGUGCACGCCAGUCAGACCCUCGCGGCCAUCAACAAGGGACUGCACGUACUGUGCGAGAAACCCCUCAGCACCGAUCUAGCAGAGGCCCAACAUGUCGUCGACGUUGCCAAUGCCCACCCGGAACUAAAAGUCAUGGCGGGCUACUCCCGCCGCUUCGACGCCUCGUACCGCGCCGCCAAAGACCGCCUCGCCGGCAUCGGCGCCCCCUUCGUCGUGCGCUCUCAGACCUGCGACCUCCUCGACGACACGGGCUUCUUCGUGCGCUAUGCCGCCCGCAACGGCGGCAUCUUCGUCGACUGCUGCAUCCACGACAUAGAUCUCUCCCUGUACUACAUGGGCGAGGACCUUGUGCCUAAAUCCGCCUACGCGGUCGGCUCCCUCCAGCAUCACCCGGAGCUGGGGCCGUUGCAGGACGUCGACAACGGCGUCGGUAUCGUCGAGUACUGGGGCGGGAAGAUGGCUUAUUUCUAUUGCUCGCGGACCCAGGCGCAUGGACAUGACGUCUGUACUGAGAUCACGGGCACCAAGGGUAAGAUCAUGGUGAAUUUGAUCCCGCGAUCGAACCAUGUCCAGGUAGCGGACGCGAAUGGGAUCAGCAAUGCCGUGCCAGAGGAGUAUUGGCAGCGGUUUGAGGAUGCCUUUGCUACUGAGGCCAAUGAGUUUGUGGCUAGUGUGUUGGAUGAUAAGCCCGUUCCGGUUAAGUUGGGGUUGGGUGUUAAGGGGACUAUUAUCGGGAGGGCGUUGCAGGAUUCCCUCCUUUCUGGGGAGGUGGUGAAGUUUAAUGAGAAAGGACAGCGGUUGGAUGGGAAGAACUUGAUCUAG